CUCUCUCUCUCACACACACACACACACUCUCGUUACGUCAAGUCCUCCAUUCCCAGUGACUGUUAUUGGAGAAGAGCUAACGGCUAGCUGCUGAACGACUUCGCUAACCUCACUCAGAUAAAGUGUCUAAGCUCAGAUACAGAAAAACUUCAAAAGACAUAAAAAUCCAGCACCAGCUGAGUUUUGGUGAUUUCAGCUCCCAGGAAAGAGUCCUGACUGCACAGCUGCAUGACGGCAGUGCCCCUGUGCACAAAGCGCGCUCCAUGAAGACAUGGUUUACGAAAAUUGGACUGGGAGACCUUGAGUGUCGUGCACAGAGCCCUGACCUCAACCCCACUGAACACCUUUGAGAUGAACUGGAACUGGAACCUCCUCACCCAACAUCAGCUCCUGAUCUCAUCCUCACUAACGCUCUUGUAGCUGAAUGAACACAAAGCCACACAACCACAAAAUCUACUGGAAAGCCUUCCCAGAAGAGUGGAGUGCAUUAUUACAGUAAAUGGAUAAUAAAUCUGGAAUGAGAUGUUCAACAAGCACGUGUUGGUGUUGAUGAUCAGGGGUGAAUUGCGCUCGCUUCUGAGUCCCGUCCCUGAAAAGCAGCAUGUCCAGCGACCCCCCUCCGCCCUACCCAGGGGGCCCCAGCGCUCCUCUUAUAGAGGAAAAGAAUGGACAGCCUCCAGUCUCUGGAUCAGCCCCGGUAACCAGCGGACCCCCACAUGGACACCCGCUGCCUCCAGAGUAUGGCCCUCCACCUUACGAGGCCACGAUGCAGCCAGGCUUCGUGCCCCCACACGUGCCAGGUGAGGGUCCUAUGCCCAUGCCGCACCUGCAUGCUGGCUUCCACCCUCCUCCUGGACACUUCCCCCAACCCAUGCCGGGGCAGUUUGUUCCAGGACCUAGCCACUGUGGCCCAGCUAUGGGACACACAGCCACAGUGAUUGGACCACCUGGCACUGCUACUACGGUCACUGUGCUGCAGGGUGAGAUGUUCCAGUCAGCACCGGUGCAGACGGUAUGCCCACACUGCCAACAGGCCAUCAUCACACGAAUUAGCCAUGACGUGGGCCUCAUGAACACGCUCUUCUGUCUGUUCUGCUUCUUUGUUGGCUGUGAUCUAGGCUGCUGCUUGAUCCCAUGUCUGAUUGAUGACCUCAAGGAUGUGACGCACACUUGCCCCAACUGCAAGGGCUACAUCUACACAUACAAGCGCAUAUGCUAACAGCGUCCCCCAGCGCUCACCCUGGACGUACUCACGGCUCACUCUCGGCUUUUUUCUGUUUUCCUUUUCUGCGCUUCAUUCCCCAGCUCGUUAGCUUGGUUUUUUUUUUUUUUUUUUUUACUAUCUAUUCAUCCAAUAAUGACUGUGUAUAUAUAACUAUUUAAAAGACUUAGAUUUAGUGAUACUACAAGAUUCAUAAUAAAAAAAAAGGUAAGUAGAAGAAAAAGAAGAAGAAGGGAUGAUGAGUCAGUACAUUUUAUAUGCAUAAUGGAAACAUUAAUGGUGUUGUAGAAGAGCAGUUAGGCAUUUUAGGUUAGUGGCAGUUAAAGUAUCUCUAGAAUUAAGUCCAUUUUCAGUCAGAUUUCAAUAUUAUUUUUAUUGUAAUUACUCUGUUGUGUUACAGAACGUAUAAUUAUUCUAACAAGAUAAUGUGAAAGAUUUUCGUGUGUGUGUGUCUGUGAAAACAAUGGCCAAGGACUACAGUUUUAGUUGCAGGAUAGCGCUGCUCCUUUUUACACGUGAACACUAAUGCGUUUCUAUUCUCAUAGUGAUGUUACAGUCAAAACGUUUUUGUAAUCAGGGGUAGUUUGCACUCACAACAUUCAUUAUACUCUGUUAUACAUAGUACACACUUAUGUAGACCUGUGCAAUUGUACAUGAAUAUUUCUUAAGCUUUCAGGAAACGUAGUGCAGAUAUCCACACGUUGAUACUCCUUUGUAAUAAAUAAAGACAGAUUUAGACAGGUUCGGUACUAUAUUUUAAGGUCUGUCCAUUGCGGCAUCUGCUGUCUUACUGAACUGUGAAUGUGAAAUAAUUUUAAUGCGCCUUCAUCUUUACGGUGAAGUGCUUCUGUGCUGUUGGUAGGCCUUGACGUGCACUUUCUUAUCAAGCCUAACCGUUUCAUUCGUUUCAGAAAGGGAAUUUAAACAUGGUGCAGCUGAGAACAUGCAGUCAAUCACAGGCUUUUUUUAUGAUCCUAUAUAAUUUAUUCUGAUACGAUCGUUAGGAAAGAGCAUGUUCGGAGGAAGAAGUUGAUCAUCAAGCUCUGUGUAACCUCACACAGUCCUGCGUGUGCUAUCUGACCCCUGAGCUCAAAGCAGAUCAUUUAUUCAUAAUUACACAAUCAUCGUUUCUUCUCGGGUUGUUUUUUUUUUGUUUUUUGUUUUUUUUGAGUGUGACAUUUGAAGUCAGCAAAUGGCAGGUUUCAGCUGUGUUUUUCUGUACGUUUCCCAUUGAGUUCUUUUCCUUUCAUGCAAAACGACAAACAUGCACCUGGUUUGAAGCUUUAAUCCCUCUCAGAAAAGUGAUUCUUCAUUUUGCACUCAACACACCUAAAGAGGUGAGACACUGUACUGGAAUCAACGUUUGUUUUUAAAGACCUGUUGUGCUUCCUCACCAUCAUUCAAUUUGUCUCUGUGUGUAUUUAGAUAUCAGCACGAACAUGAAGUAAACAAUCUAAUAUGAAACUGUAUGCAUGCUCCUCUGAAUUCGAGCUGACUCCCUUUAACGCAACUUUCUUUUGAACCUCGUAGGCCGACAAUGCUUUGCAAAGUGGCUUCUUGCUGUGAAAGACUGAAUAUACAUAGAGCUUGUGUUCCAGGACCUUUAGAUCAACAAAUACGAGUAGUUUUUGUGGUAUAAUACAUCAUAUGAAACUGGAAUUGUCCUUUAAAACAUCAAACUGACUGUGUACGAUUAUUAUUAUGAGAAUAAUAAUAAAAGUAAUCGUAAUCUUC